AUGAAUGCACCUUGCAAAGCGCACCCUCCCCUUCUUACUUGUUUCCCUGUCUCUGCUCAGCAGUCAUCCCUGACGCGUGACAGCAGUGGCCCGCGCAAGCACUUACAAAGCAUUCAGCCUACCAGCCAACCAACUCCGGGUGGAACCAAGAGUGCCGUCUGCCAUUCCACUGUCCCCGGAUCCUCUUCGGGCUCUUCUGCUGCUCAGCAAGCUUCAUCGCUGGUCAGCGAACUUACACGCGAAGCCACGCCGCUUGAGGAGGCCGUCGACAUUAUCGAGUCGCUGCAGGAGCUCGUCGCUCAGCUCAGCCGUGAGCUGGCCGAGGAUCUUCAGCGCGACCGCGCAGCUCGUACACACCGUGCCGAGGAGGCGGCCAGUGAUGCUGUCUAUGACAGCCUUAUGUCUCGGCUACAGCAGGAGGGAGCGACGGCUACGUCCGAGGCUGCCCUGCCAGAACUCCCCCAAAUGCCCGAAUCAUUAUCUACCACGUCGCCCGAGUUUAACGAGUCUAGGAUUGAGGAUCUUACGAAGGAAAAUGAACACCUACGAGCUAAGCUCAAAGAGUGUUUGCGGGAAAAGUUGCGAGCCGAGUUUCGCUGUGACUUUUUGGAGCAGCGCGUUGAACAUCUAUCACAGCUGGCUGAUACCGCAUCAUGA